GCUGCAAGAUGCCGCGCUCGUUCCUGGUGAAGAAGCACUUCUCGGCCAGCAAGAAGCCCAACUACAGCGAGCUGGAGAGCCAGGCCGUUCUGGCCGCCCCGCUGCUGUACGAGACGUGCCCGCUGCCCGUCAUCCCCCCGCCCGAGGUGCUCGGCCCCGGAGCCUACUACCCUCCGCUGGUGUGGGACGCGGGGCUGCUGUCCAGCCUGUUCCCGGGCGGCCCGGGCAGCGAGGCUGCGGGCGGCGCCGCGCCCGCCCUGGACCUGACGGCGCUCUCCAGCGAGGAGGAUGAAGGCAAGAGCUCGGGGCCGCCCAGCCCGGCCUCGGCCCCCGCCGCCGCCGAGCGCUUCCGCUGUGCCCAGUGCGCCAAGGCGUACUCCACCUUCGCCGGGCUCUCCAAGCACAAGCAAUUGCACUGCGACGCCCAGGCCAGGAAAUCCUUCAGCUGCAAGUACUGUGAGAAGGAGUACGUGAGCCUGGGGGCUCUCAAGAUGCACAUCCGGAGCCACACGCUGCCCUGCGUCUGCAAGAUGUGCGGGAAGGCGUUCUCCCGGCCCUGGCUGCUGCAGGGCCACAUCCGGACGCACACUGGUGAAAAGCCCUUUUCCUGUACACACUGCAACCGGGCCUUUGCUGACCGCUCUAAUCUCCGCGCCCACCUGCAGACCCAUUCAGAUGUAAAGAAGUACCAGUGCAAAACCUGCUCCCGGACUUUCUCCCGCAUGUCGCUGCUCCACAAGCACGAGGAGACGGGCUGCUCCGGCUCUCGCUGAGGACUCCGCUCCCCAGGCCUCUCUCAUCACCAAUUCCCAUGUUAUCACUAGUUUCUGUAGGAGUUAGUUUCCUCCGUGGCCAUUGCAGUGCGCCCCGGGCUGGACGCUGCUCCUCUGGCCCCUCACCCUCCUCACUUGGUGCCUCCAUCCAGUGCAAUGCAAGAGCCCGACCCUGAAGGACGCUGGGUUGGAAGGGACCCGUCAGGAUCAUCGAGUGUGGUUCCUGGCCCUGUGCAGGACCCCCCAGAACCCCGCCGUGUGCCUGGGAGCUUGCUGAGCCCCGGCUUGGUGCUGUGACCCAGCCUGGCACCGGGGGUGCAGCCUGCACGCCGUGCCCGCUGUGUGAGCCUCGGGGGUCACGGCGCUGCCCUUGGCACCUUGCAGGGCUGGACCUGCACCCUCCAACACUGCGACCAUGUAGCCUGGGGGGCUGGGGGUUUUGGGUUGCAUUUGUUGGGUUUUGUUGUUUUGUUUUGGGUUUUUUUUUUUCUUUUUUGUAACACCAUAACCACUUGGUAACUUUUAAGAACCAGUAUUUUUUUAAUGAAGGACAAGACACUCCCCCCGUACCCCGAGUGUAUAUAACCCGCCUGUAGAAGGUGUAACUAUGCAAUAAUACAGUAUCCCAGUAGUUGUGAAGCAGCUGCUUCUCCCCAGCACAAUGACAAUUUGCAAUGCCUGCGAGAUUAACAGUGUCCAUGAAAGGCAGGGGUAGCCAUUUCAAACCCCAGCCCUGUUUACAGAGCAGCUAUGCACUCAAGCACCUGUUAAUAUGACUCUUAACAACUGCUUUUCAAGAGAACUGUGACUAAUAGCAGGCACUUGUCAGCUGAUACAAUGGUGGCCUGUCCCAAGGCCGUCCAUCGACAGGUGUGUGCCAAAAGCCCUAUUUAUGGGUAUUGACAGGUGCCUCCUGAAUGCAUCUUUCUUUGGACAUUGUUUUCAUGGAAUCAUUACAAAGAGGAUGUUUACAUUUCAAAGGUACACUGGUAUUUAUAUUUUUGUGCCACAAUUUUGUACUGAUGAAACUUUUUAUAUAAUGAUAUACAAUUUAUUGAUAUUCAAUAAAAUCGUUAAUUUAUAAUGG